AUGGUAACUAAAUCGCCUUUCAUCACAGAGGCUUGGGUAGAAUAUGGACUCAGCAUCACUGUUGUUCUUAUACGGGUAUUUGCAAGGUGGAAGUUAAUGGGAUUCAAAGGAUUCGGUGGUGAUGACUACCUCUGCAUACUGGCUGCUUUAUUCUGGACGUCGGAGAUAGUCAUAGUCUACCUUGUCGGUCGAGUCUAUGGCAGUAACACUGGAUGGACGUCUCAGGAGCGGUCCAAUUUCAGUGAAGCUGAAAUUAAAAGAAUGGCGACCGGCUCAAAAUUGGUCAUAGUAGGGUGGUUUAUGUACGUUAGUAUAAUAUGGUCAUUGAAGGGGUCGGUAUUAUUUUACUAUGAACGCCUCACAUCUGGCAUCUUUCAACGAAAGACAGUGAGGCUAUCCGCUAUUGUCUGUUGCCUUUCUUAUGUGGUCGUCGUUUUCACGAUUGCCUUUCACUGUCAGCCAUUUCAUUUGAAUUGGCAGGUCAAUCCGGAUCCUGGUAGAGAGUGCUCGAUGCACUACAGUGCCUAUCCUGUUGUCGCUGCUUUCAAUAUAUUGUAUGCUACGUCAGCCACCGACAUGAUUAUCAUCGCUAUACCCAUUCCGAUACUUAUCAAACUGAGAAUCAAGCUGAUAAGAAAACUAACAAUUGGCGCUCUACUAUGCUCAGGUAUCUUCAUUAUGGUCUCUGCCUUGCUGCGAUGUGUUCUCUCCUUAGUGAAUAUCAAGAACAUCAACGUGGCGGCAAUUUGGGCAGCGAGGGAAUCAUUCGUCGCCUUUGUUGCGGUCAACGCACCUAUAAUUAAACCUCUAUUCAACACGUCAACUUGGGUCAGCGCCUCUAGGCUCACGGAUUCCAGCCACCAGCAUACACCUUCAACCAAUACGAACAAAAAAAAGCAGCCUCCGUCUACACGGGACGAACAGUACGAACUGGGAUAUGUCAAUUCUGCCAGUCAACCACCACAAUACGGGUAUACAAGUGAUGUAUCAAACAGUUUCGCACAGGCCGUCGGUGAUAGUGUAAGAGUUACGACUGAUUAUCAAGUCACUCAUAUCGAACGCGUCUGA